GUGGUCUAUGUAACAGCCUCUUUGCCAUACUGUGUUCUUAUCAUAUACCUCAUCAGAGGAUUAACACUUCAUGGAGCUGUGAACGGGCUCAUCUACAUGUUCACACCAAAGCUGGAGCAACUGUCGAACCCCAAGACGUGGAUCAGCGCUGCCACACAGAUCUUCUUCUCUCUGGGCCUGGGCUUUGGCAGCCUCAUCGCAUUUGCCAGCUACAACGAGCCCAGCAACAACUGCGAGAGGCACGCCAUCAUCGUCUCGCUGAUCAACAGCACCACCUCCAUAUUUGCCAGCAUCGUGACUUUCUCCAUCUACGGCUUCAAGGCAACGUUUAACUACGAAAGCUGUAUAAACAAGGUGAUCCUGUUGCUCAUGAACACUUUCGACCUGGAGGAAGGCUCUUUAACAGCAGACAACCUCAAGGAGAUGAAAGACUACCUCAUGGCCACCCACCCACAGGAAUACGAGCAAUUAUUGCCGCAGCUUAAAAACUGCAGCUUGGAAGCUGAACUAGAUACGGCUGUCCAGGGGACGGGACUGGCAUUUAUAGUCUAUUCUGAAGCAAUUAAAAACAUGGAGGUGCCCCAGCUGUACUCUGUGCUCUACUUCGUCAUGCUGCUGAUGCUGGGCAUCGGCAGCAUGCUGGGGAACACCGCCGCCAUCCUCACGCCGCUGACCGACAGCAGGGUCAUCGGUGCCCGUUUCCCCAAGGAGGUGAUCUCAGGUGUUGUGUGUUUCAUUAACUGCGUGAUUGGCCUCAUCUUCACCAUGCAGGCUGGAAAUUAUUGGUUUGACAUAUUCAAUGACUACGCAGCCACCCUCUCGCUGUUGCUCAUCGUCCUGGUAGAAACCAUUGCUGUGUGUUAUAUCUAUGGGAUAAGAAGAUUUGAGAAAGAUCUUCACACCAUGAUUGGACACAAGCCAAACUGGUAUUGGAAAAUUAUGUGGGCUUUUGCUAGUCCUUUGCUAAUUAUAAGCCUAUUAAUAUUUUACCUCACCGACUAUAUCCUCACGGGAACGCUGCAAUAUCAAGCAUGGGAUGCCACACAGGGGCAGCUGGUGACAAAGGACUACCCAGGCCACGCCCUGGCGGUGAUCGGGCUGCUGGUGGCAGCAUCCACCAUGUGCAUUCCCCUGGGGGCACUUGUAACUUGUGUAAGGAAGAGACUGGAGAGGGAAAGCGUUCCCACUGCUGCAUGA